GGAAGCGGGCUUAUACAGGGUCAGACCGUUGGUCGAUCUAGCCGAGUCCUUGUCUGCACCACCAGGCCGUAGUAGCUCAUGCCAUGACGGAUGAGGGCGGGAGGACUACAGCGCCCCACCUGAAGAAGACUGCAACUCCCAGCAAGCGCCUCUCUUUCGUCACCGAAAGCGACGCUCCUAAAGGGACGGGGAAUACCCAUAGAGAUAAGGAAGAGAACAUAUGUUUGCACUGGGCCUCCUUCACAGGGAGUGCAGAGAUCGCUGAAGUCCCCCUGAAUGCCAAGUGUGACCUCCACGCUGUCAAUUUCCAUGGAGACUCACCUCUGCACAUAGCUGCCCGGGAGAGCUACGACAAGUGUGUCCUCCUGUUCCUGUCGCGGGAGGCUGACACUGAAGUGUGGAACAAGGAAGGGGACUCACCUGUGGACCUGACCUUGGAGAACUCCGAGGUGUGGUUUGCCCUGCAGCUGAAUCGCUCCGUGCACAUCGAGCACAUCAGCAGCAGGCCUACAGGAACCUGUUACGGAGGCAGAUGGAACAGGCAAGGACUGGCGAUUUGUGGGAUAGUGUCCGAUGGCUAAGGAAAACCCUCUGCAGAAUAUUUCCCUCCUUGGAGUGGCAUUAUUUGGAUGUUGCUGUUUUACAUCAGCAAUGAUCUAUUUAUUAAGCACGUUUAUCUUCCUGUUCAUAAACAACACAGCAAAGCCUGUUUGUGUAUUUUUUUUUAAAAAAAAGCUAUUUGGUAUAACUUGUAUGAUGCCAAAUGUGCUAGCUGGGCAGACGCUUAAUAAAGAUGUGGCUUCUGGAGAACACCUAUUUUGAGGCAUGUAUGGCACAGCAAUAGUAUGAAAUAAGAGAGAGAACCAAGUCUCUCUUCCAACUUAUGAAAUAUUUCUCUACGCGAUCGCCUGGAGGAAAUUGUUACUUGCUACAGGUGACCAGAUAAGGCACUGUUUUUAAUUCAGGAAGUCGCACAUAUUGUGGCGUUUCUGGAUGAUAUAUUGUAUAAUAUGAAAAAAGACACAAUUGAUGAGACUAAAGGCCAUAGCUCAGCAGUAGAGCAUAUACUUUUGUACGAAAAGGCCCCAAGUUCAAUCCCUGGUGUGUACAGGUAAGGCUGGGAAACGCCAGGUAGGGCUUCUCUGAUAUCCUGGAAAGGUGCUGCUACUCGGAGUUGGCAAUACUGAGCUAGAUACACCCGUUCUCUGACUUGGUAUAAAGCAGGGUCCUAUGGUCUAGGCUGCUCAUGCCAGACUGGUAUGGUUGGCUUGUUGUGUGUUGCCGAACCCACCCGCCCUCCCUUUGCUCUGACAACAUUUCAGUUGUUCCCAAUAGGCAAGAAGGAAUAGGACAGCACAGAGUGAAGACUUUAGCCUUCCACAUUUAUCAAAGUGCUACAAUAGAACUAUCAUUAGAAGCUAUAACGAUGAAACUGAGAUUAUGGUACUUUGGACACAUCAUGUGAAGACACAAUUCACUAGAACCGACAAUAAUGCUGGGAAAAACAGAAGGAAGUAGAACAAGAGGAAGACCAAACAACAGAUGGAUUGAUUCCAUAAAGGAAGCCACAGACGUUGUUUGCAAGGCUAAAAUCAGAAGAGGAGAACCAUGUUUGGACACCACCUUGAGCUCCUUGGAGGAUAUAAAUGUUAAUAAUAAUAAUAAUAACAACCUGUCACCGCAGGGACAUCUGAAGAACCGUCUUUCCCGGGGGGGGGCAGAGAAGCAGGUGCAGAUCUGCAUCUGCUGAAAGAAUUGUGAACAUGUCACCCCUCUGCUGAAAGAAUUGCACUGGCUGCCCAUUUCCUGCCAGGCUAAGUUCAAAGUUCAAGCAGGGUUGGAAUGCCCUGCCCCUCCCUGACCUGGGGCUGCAGUUAGUGCAGAAUUCUGUGGCACGAUUGCUGACACGAGUGAGACCCUAUCAGCACAUAAUACCUCUGCACCGAUUGCCGAUUUGCUACCAGGCCAUGUUCAAGAUGUGCUUUCCAUGUUAUGGGUUCCACAUAGUACUUGUUCUACUCCUGUAAAAAAAUCAGUCCUUUAGUGUGGCAGCAGCUACCCUUUGGAACUCCCUGCCUAUUGACAUCCGUCAUUGUACUCUUUUCAGCACCUGCUAAAAACGUUUUUGUUUAGGCAAGUUUACCCAGGCAUGUAGAAGCUAU